GGCGAGAUCUGGUGGGACCAUUAGUCGUUUUUCUCAAAGUUGCAGGAAUGCCACGUGCAUCCACUUAUAUCAGUACAUUUGUAACAGUAUGAACAUUACGAAACUUAUAUUCGAUCAAAUAAGCCUCAUGUAAUUCGACACUAUUAUAGACCUAAAUACAAAAAAGGGUUUAUCCCACACGGACAGAUUUUGGGAAGAGGAAAUGCUCUCGCUUCGCCUCUUCCCCUCUUGUUUACAGUACGUUUUUCUAAUGCAGAACCAGUAUCGGUUAGGGGGAAAUUUACUAUUUAUGAAAUUAAUUUGUAUGUAUUUAAUAAUGCUGGAGCAAAAUGAUAUAUUACCAUACUAAUCACGUCAUGUUUAAGUUAAACAAUGUACAAAAGUUGCUUUUGUAACCAGGUAGAAGUCAGACUAGCUAGCUAAAAUAGCUGGCUAGCUAGCUAACUGUUAGCUAACACAGGACAGGAUGCAAAGACCGUACCAGUGAGGUUUAUGACACUAACUUGCUUAUUAUUGACACAUAACUAAAAUCCAUAUUCCGAGUUUGGUGACUUGAGCAUUUAAUGUACAUCUACAAUGGUCGUGGAGGUAGAGAGCUUAUUCGGGGUGUACAUGCUGUAUUGCACCAAUCCCAAAUUCAAGGGUCGCAUCUACAUUGGUUUCACUGUGAAUCCAGAGCGUCGGAUAGGACAGCACAACGCAGGGCGACACCGAGGUGGUGCCAAGAGGACCAGUGGAAGGGGACCUUGGGAGAUGGUUCUCAUCAUUCAUGGCUUCCCCUCUGACAUAGCUGCUUUGAGGUUUGAGUGGGCAUGGCAGAACCCCCAUUCCUCCCGGCGCCUGUCCCACGUCACCCGGUGCUCAAAGAAGGAGUCCAGCCUGCAGUUCCACUGGCGCGUGGUGUCCAACAUGUUGCGGGUGACACCGUGGAGCCGCCUGCCCCUCACCACCCGCUGGCUCAAGCAGGAGUACAGGAUGGACUUUGAGCCUGGCCUUCAGCCGCCGCUGCAUGUCCCUGUGGCCUUCGGUAGCAUCAGGGCCAAGAAACAGAAACCGAAGGAAGUGGAGGAGGAGAAGGGGGCAGAUAUAUGCCUCCUUUGUCGGGGGACUGUGAAGUCUGCAGAUAAGAUGACCUGCUUCCAUCCCUCUUGUCACAUGACCAGCCACCUGAUUUGCUUAGCCAAACACUUUCUGAAGGCUGAGGCCGCCCAUCUCCUUCCUGUGGAGGGGGAGUGUCCCGGUUGCCGACACUCAGUACUGUGGGGGAGUCUGAUUCGCCACAAGAAUGGCUGUUACGGAGACCUGGAGGAGAACACAUCAUCCUCAUCCCAAAACCAUUGGACAGAUGAACUGCAGAUCUAAUCUGAAUGUAAUCAGUCAGAACCUUUCUAAUACAAAACUUUGAACUGCUACUGAGUCACCAUGAGUGUACAGAGAAGAGGCUGCGAAGAUAGGAUGAAAUACAGUAGAUCAAUGACUAGCAAGUUACUCUUGAAUGGACUUUCCUGCAACAGCAAAGGCUUGAUCAAUUGAUUGAUCCGUCAGAAGAUCAGAAGAUUUCAUGUUUGCACAAAAAUAAUGCUGGUCUGGUGUGAAUUUUUUUUUUAAUGCAACAUCUGAACCCUUUUUAGAUUUGUAAAAAUGGACAACAAAAAUGUAUAUUUAUGAAUGUAUCUGUUAACUAAAAUACAAUCAUGAAUAAGCCAGUUUUAAAUGUGUGUAAAAACCUAUAUGUAUUGUAUGUACAACCAAUAAAACAUAGAUGCUUUGUUUUGGAGCCAAGGAAAACACA